UCCACGCCUUCAGGGAUCUCAGAGCUACACCGCAGCCCCCAGCUCGAGCAUGUGGCCAUCUCGUCCCCUUACCGCAGUCGCCAGAGAGCUUCCUGGAUAGAACAGGCUAACUUAACUGGUGGAUCGACCGAACAGAAGCGUGCCUUUUCUUUUGAGCACGUCUCAAGUUCCCCUGGACUCCGGCGUGCCCAGAGAUCCUCCACUUCUUCAGAGCUUCAAAGAACUCCCCAGUCGGAGCAUGGGCCACUCAACUCUCCCUUCAGAUCAGAAAGAACCACCCCACAGUCUGAGAACCUACCGCCCAAUUCGCCGUUUAGAACUGACAGACAAAGGGCAUCUCAACAACCUGAUCAUCCAACACCAAUAUCCUCCUUCAGGUGCGAGUGCCUGUCCCCGCAAAUAGACAACGCAAAGAAUGCAGCUAUCUGCAGCGACCAGCAGCAUUCGCCCAAAACAGCCGUCAGACAACACAGCAUCGAUAUAACAGUGGCCACGUAUUCCAAACCUAAGCUUGUCCGACUGAGAUCCGAACCCUGCACAUCCAGCAUGUCCGACCUGCCUAUCCGCAUCCAGCCACACGAGGGCCGCGGCAACAGGAGGAGACGGGAAGAACUUAAACGGUCGCAGUCGUUUGAAGCUAGUUCCUCAUCCUGCCAAGAAGCGUUGUGGACAGGUAUCAAUGUGCCCAAUCAAUUGAUCAUUACUCGACCCCAGCUCUCGAGGGCAAGACUAAACAGAAAACAUCUUUCCCUGCAGCUUGAAGGUUUGCCAGGAGAUCUAAACCUAUCCCGAGGAGACGCCCCCCUCCUCUUCCACGACACACAUGGCGACAACAUUCAGCUCCUCAACAACAAGACACGGGCCAGGCGCCACGAGAGCUUCUGUAAAGGGAUCUGCUUCAGCAACAGACCCAUCGCAAUUAACGAGAGGGUGUACGUCAAGUUCGUGGAGACCAACACCAGUUGGAGUGGGGUCCUGAGGUUUGGGUUCACCAACAUCAACCCCGCCACGGUCAGGGGCAGCGACCUGCCCAGGUACGCCUGCCCUGACCUGACCAACAAGCCGGGCAACUGGGCCAAGGCUCUGGGUGAGCGCUACACCACCAGCAACAUCCUGCUGCACUUCAGCGUCAACCGCGCGGGGGACGUGUACUACGGCGUGAACGGCGAGGAGAAGGGGCUGUUCUUUAGCGGGGUGGCCACCAACCUGCCGCUGUGGGCCAUGCUGGAUAUCUACGGCAACACUGUCGGGGUGGAGUUUUCUCACGCUAAUGCCGAAAUUGAACCUCCAGCCAACGCAGCACAAUUUGAUGCCAGCCCCCAGCCUUCAGAGAUAGACCACUUCACAUUCAUGUCUAUAUCAGACCCUCCCAGCACCCCCACGGGCCUGCCUGUCAACUACCAUGCUGGCAUACCCCUGGCACCCCUCCACCUCCACACCCUGCAGGGCAAGAACAUCAGAAUCAACACAGACAGGACCAUAGCUGUCAGGCUCAGGGAGGAGUACUGUAAUGCUUUUGUGUUUACCAGCAGACCAGUUAGAUGUGGGGAGACUAUAGUCAUCCAGGUUUUGGGCAUUGACCGCUCCUACAUUGGUGGACUGGGAUUUGGACUAACUGCCUGUGACCCUUCCAAAGUUGACCCCAAUACCCUACCAGAUGACUCGGAUCUUCUCUUGGACAGGCUGGAGUACUGGGUGGUCAACAAAGAUGUUUGUAGAAAUCCUGAAGUUGGGGAUGAACUCAGCUUUUAUUUAACUGAAUCUGGUGAAGUAAAAUAUGCACGCAACAACCAAGCUCCUGUUACGUUGAUGCACGUAGACCGUACACUUCCAUUGUGGGCUUUCUUUGAUGUGUACGGCAACAUUCAAAAAAUUAAACUCAUUGGAACAACGAUGACCCCAAUUCAAGGUCGUCUGGCUCGCUCACAGUCCUUCACCAACUACACCAGCAGCUUACCAACUACUGGAGGGGCGUCAUCAUUCAAUGAACUUGGUUCCGCCUUUGCCAACGCGGCCCUGGCUGUAGCUAUGCCUCCAGCUGGUGGCUCAGGGCCCAUGUCCCUACCUGCGCACGUCUUAAGGAGCAACAGUGUGCCUGUCACCUGCAUCUCACCUGUGCAAGAAUCUGGUGAUGGGCUCCGGUUUGGUCUGCACCCCAAAUCUCUCCCCACGACCCCCCUCUCACCAAACAUCCCGCAGGAGGAUGGGGCGUCAGACUGCAAGGUUUGCUGGGAGCAGACCAUCAACUGUGUGCUCUACACCUGCGGACACAUGUGUCUGUGUUUUGACUGUGCCACCACUAUCCGUAAUGAGAAAGGACUCUGCCCCAUCUGUAGACAGAUAAUCCAGGAUGUGAUAAAGAUCUACAGAUCUUAGCAAAGAUAGCAUUUCUCUUGUUGCUGGUUUUCUAUGGAUUAUAUUUUCACAUGUGAUCAGUACACUACAGCACAGGUUCAACUGUGUCAGGUGGUUCAACCGCCUG